AUGAAACAGACAUUGACACGUUUGGCGGCUCGUGCCUCGGCUCUUACACGAGAGGAAAUCACCAGAGAGCUUGAAAUCAUCAACAAACAGCUCCCAAACGAACACUGGAGUGCACAGUUCCAUGAUUCAAGUUCGGAGAUCCGGGCAACGUAUAAACUCAAAACUUUUGCCAAAACAUGGGAGCUUCUAAAUAUGAUUGCAUUGCAAGCGCAAAGGCUAAGACACCACCCAACAAUCACAAACACAUAUAACAAAAUUGACUUGGUCAUCACAACCCAUGAUGCGGGCAACCAUGUAACAGACUUGGAUGUGAAACUUGCACAGGCUGUUCAUACAGCAUACGCUAAAAACUUCGUGGAACAGACACCUAUAAAAAACGAGUCAAAAAAUCAUAACGAUAGUCGUGCGUCCAAGAUAAUCGAAGAAUUGACUCGGAAAUACGGGAAGAAAUGA